AUGAAGGGGCUGCAGUACCCUCCUUUGAGGCCUCGCAGUAAAGCAGCAAAUAAAAGAAUAUCUGCUGCUCCUGCUGCUGCUGCUGCUGGUGGUAGUGCUGCUGCUGCUGCUGGUGCUGCUGCACGGGGCUCCCGUUUUGUUGCUACGCAUCAGCUGCAGCAGCACGUCAGCUGCUUUCAUCUACUUAAAGCCACAAAGGUACCUGCUGCUGCUGCUGCUGCUGCUGCUCCCGCUGCUGCUGCGGCUGGGAAGGCAGAGGCUGCUGCUGCUGCUGCAGCAGAAGCACCAGCAGAAGCUAAGAAACUAAAAGAGGAGGCAGAUGAAGACUUGCAGGAAGCCACAAGUGCUGGCAGCAGCAGCAGCAGCAGCAGCAGCGAGCAGGAGACAGAUGAUGAGGAGACACCGAAGAGAAAAAACCUAAAAGCGCAACAGCAAAAGAAGACACGCACUGCAGCAGCAGCAGCAGCAGCAGCAGCAAAGAGUGCAGAUGAGUCAGAAGGCGAGGAAGGAGACACUAAAGAGGAAGAAGCGAACACAGAGACAAAAGAAGAAGAGACAGAUGAAGAAGAAGAAGAAGAUGAAGACGAAGAUGAAGAAGAAGAAGAUGAUGAUGACGAUGAUGAAGAUAAAGAAGAAGAAGAUGAUGAUGAUGAAGAUAAAGAAGAAGAAGAUGAUGAUGAAGAAGAAGAAGAAGAAGAAGAAGCAGAGACAGAAGAAAUUCAAACAAACGAACAAAGCGACGGCAAUAACGCGAAGGAGGCUGCUGCUGCUGCAGUUAAAGGUUGCGGUGUCUCCGAGCAUCCCGUGCAACGCCUAUUUGAGGGCCUUGUCUUCUUCAUCUGCAGAGAGGUGCCUUUGCUUCCGCUUUCUUUCGCUAUUCGUAGCUGCGGCGGUGUCGUAAAUUGGCAGGGAGAUAAUUCACCUUUAGAUAUCAAAAACCCUGCAAUAACUCAUCAAGUCGUAGACAGACCCUUAGAAAGUGUGCAGCAGGCGUUUGGAGGUGAGAUGCCUCUAAGAGAGUUUGUUCAGCCUCAGUGGGUCUUCGACUGUAUAAACAACGUCAUGCUGCUGCCGACAGAUGAAUAUACACCCGGGAAGUCUCUGCCCCCACACCUCUCGCCUUUCGUGGACGACGAGGCUGAGGGUUAUGUGCCCCACCGCCGCGAGGUUUUGCUGAAGCUGCAAAAAGAGAAGAAGACAGCAGCAGCAGAAAACAAAGGAGAAGAGGAAUCCGAAGAAGACGGGGAGCAGCACGACUGCCUCAACAAGCAGCAGCAGCAGCAGCAACAGCAGCAGCAACAGCAGCAGCAGCAGCAGUAG